AUGUUGGUUUAUGGUUCAGAAGUAGUAAUACCUGCUGAAGUGGAAAUACCAUCUUUGAGGAUUAUUCAAGAGGUCGGUUUAGAUGAUGCAGAAUGGAUUCGCAGUAGGAUUGAACAGUUGAUGCUCAUUAAUGAGAAAAGAAUGGACGCAGUUUGUCAUAGUCAACUUUAUCAAAAUCGAAUGGCCAAAGCAUUCAAUAAGAAAGUCAAACCUCGACAGUUCACACCGGGACAAUUAAUAUUGAAGAAGAUAUUUCCUCACCAAGGAGAAGCUAAGGGGAAAUUUGCACCAAACUGGCAAGGUCCUUACAUGGUUCAUAGAGUAUUAUCUGGAGGAGCAGUAAUCUUGGUAGAAAUGGAUGGCACGGCGUUAUAUUACAAGUUUUACACUGCCAGAUACAGGCGUUACAUUUACAAGCUCUACACCGCUGGAUACAGGCAUUACAUUACAAGCUUUAGACAGCCGGAUGCAGGCGUUACAUUACAAUCACUCCGCCAGACAGAGGACACCGCAUUACAACAUGGAACUCCCUUUAAGCAACAAACUCGAGCAAGCUAG